AUGAUAGUUCAAGGAACAACAGGAACAGGAAAGUCAUAUCUCAUUGGUGCAAUCAGUAAAUCUCUAAAAAAUGCAGCUAUGCCUAAUCAAUCUCCCCUUUUACUGCUUGCACCAACCGGUGUCGCAACAUUCAACAUAAGUGCAUCCACAAUUCAUUCGAAGUUGAAAAUUCCAAUAAAAGAUUUUAGUGAACUAGAAGGAACAAGAUUAACACGUUUUCAAGAAGAAAUGUCUCCUAUCAAAUACAUAUUGAUUGAUGAAAUGAGCUUCAUUGGAGAGAAGUUGUUGGAGAACAUAGAUUGUAGACUUCAUCAAGCAUUCCCAGAAAAUAGUAAUCUCAACUUUGGAGGUAUUUCUAUGAUUUUAGUUGGAGAUCUAAAUCAGUUGCCUCCGAUUAGAGAUAGACCAGCAUAUGACAGCAACAGACGAGCAAAACUAUUGUGGGAAGAGUUCAAAAUUGUGGUAACGCUGGAAAAAAUAUUUAGACAAGAUGGAGAAGAUAUACAACAAAAGCAAUUUCGUGAACUAUUGACAAACAUGAGAGAAGCACACCCUACUAUUAAUGAUUGGAAGUUGUUAAUGUCAAGAACAAAUAGUAAUAUUACUGCACCAAUGAAUGAAGAGUUUGACAAUAACGUUCAUUUAUUCUCCACAAAUGAUAAUGUUUACAAUCAUAACAGAAAAAAAUUAUAUUUACUAAAACAACCCGUGGCACGCGGUGUUGCAACAAAAUCUGGAAAUGUUAGUGCAAUGGAAGGGAGUUUGCAGGAUGAACUUGAUAUGGAAUUACUGAUCUCGAAGAAUGCAAGAGUAAUGUUAACUAUUAAUCUAUGGAUAGAAGCGGGUCUUGUAAAUGGAGCUUUAGGAUAUGUUGAAAAUAUUGUAUACAAACCUAGAAGUAUGCCACCAGAACCACCAACGUAUGUAAUGGUUAAGUUUGAUACUUACUCUGGAAUACCAUUCGAUGCUCAAAACCCACAAACAGUUCCUAUCAGUGCAACACAUAGAGGAUCUACGACCCAGAUACCAUUGAGAUUGGCUUGGGCAAUGGCAAUACACAAAUCACAAGGUCUAACACUUGAAAAAGCCACAAUUGAUAUAGGUCCAACUGAAAGAACAAGAAAGACAUUUGUAGCUAUCUCUUGUGUAAAGUCCUUAGAAGGAGUACGAAUAAUGCCACCAUUUACAUAUGAUCGAUAUGAAAAAAUGAAAAAGGGAAAACAAGUUGAAAAACGCAAAAAUGAAGAAAAUAGACUGAAAGCUUUAGAAAUAAGUUAUUGUAACAUAUUAUCAUAA